CGCGGCAGGCGGCCAUCCCGGCGGGCGGGCGGGACGCGCUGGCGGGCGGCGGCCGGCCCCAGCCGCCCUGCCCCUCCUCGCCCGCCGGACAGGUUAAAGUACUGAUCUGCAAGGGACUUUUUUUUAAAGGGGAAGAAGCAGGAAGCCUUUGAUCUAAAGAAGCUGUUGUUUACGCUUUUACCCACGGGAGGAGACAGAAAAGAGGGAAAUUGCUUUCAGACAGAAAACGCACAGAAGGAGAAAAGCAGGCAGAAGACAACAGCAGCCCCGAAUGCAGCGACCCAGGAACCAUGGAUCUGAAAUUCACUUCAUCGAGAAAAUACAUUUCCAUCAGUGUACCUUCCAAAUCUCAAACUAUGUCUCCCCAUAUCAAAUCAAUAGAUGAUGUUGUAGUUCUUGGCAUGAAUCUCAGCAAAUUUAGCAAACCUACCCAAUUUUUCAUCUGUGUUUCUGGAGUUUUUAUGUUUUAUCUAAUCUAUGGAUAUUUACAGGAAUUGAUAUUUUCAGUGGAAGGUUUUAAACCUUUUGGUUGGUACCUCACUUUAGUGCAAUUUGGAUUUUAUUCCAUUUUUGGACUAAUAGAAUUGCAGUUGAUUCAGGACAAAAGAAGAAGAAUUCCUGGCAAAACCUACAUGAUAAUAGCAUUUUUGACAGUGGGAACUAUGGGUUUGUCAAAUACCUCUUUAGGAUAUCUGAAUUAUCCUACUCAAGUCAUCUUCAAGUGCUGUAAACUGAUUCCAGUUAUGAUAGGUGGGGUUUUUAUACAAGGAAAACGUUACAAUAUCGUAGACGUGUCUGCUGCCCUAUGUAUGAGCCUGGGAUUAAUAUGGUUUACUUUAGCUGACAGCACAGUUGCACCAAACUUCAACUUGACAGGUGUGAUCCUAAUAUCCCUUGCCCUCUGCGCAGAUGCAGUUAUAGGAAAUGUACAGGAAAAAGCUAUGAAGUUGCACAAUGGCUCUAAUUCAGAAAUGGUUUUGUAUUCCUAUUCAAUAGGUUUUGUGUAUAUUUUAUUUGGAUUAACAUGCACUAGUGGAUUAAGCCCUGCAGUAACAUUUUGCUCAAAGCAUCCAGUUCAGACUUAUGGUUAUGCAUUCCUUUUCUCCCUGACUGGGUAUUUUGGCAUAUCCUUUGUUCUAGCUUUGAUUAAAAUCUUUGGUGCCCUUCUUGCUGUAACAGUAACAACAGGAAGAAAAGCAAUGUCCAUUGUGCUUUCUUUUUUGUUCUUUGCGAAGCCAUUCACGUUACAGUAUGUGUGGUCAGGCUUACUGGUUGUGCUUGGUAUAUUUCUUAAUGUUUACAGUAAGAAUAUGGACAAAAUCAAACUGCCUUCACUGCUUGGUCUUUGGAAAAAAAAUGUGGAAGAAAGAAAAUCAAGGACGUUGUCACAAACUGUAUAGACAGUGGUUCAUGCCUUGUCUAGACUUUGACUUACUACUUUAUUGGAACAGUCUUCAACUGAUUCACUUUCCAAAGGGAAUGUUAUUAAAACCAAAGGAGCUGAAGGCAUAUUGUCUGCUUGCAGAUUGCUAUAAAUGCACACUUUCAUGAGCCCUUUCUUCAGAGCACUUGAAUUCAUCACAAACGGUGUUGUAGGCCAUUGUCAGAUGGUUUUAUCAGCAAUGAAGGACAGCAGCUCCUGGCAAACUGCUGAGAAGCUGCACUCUAGUGGGACACAGUAGAAGACUAGUUUGGGCAUUUUAAUAAUAUUGGCCAUGUGGCUGAUCUGAAAUUAGUGGUUCUUUGUUAAUUGUCUAGUGGGGUAAUCUAAAUGUAAUACUGUACUAAUCACCAACUGGAUGACCAAAUUGUGAAUUUAAAGGUGGAAAGUUUAGAAUACAGUAUGUUGUCACUCUUUUAGAUUUUAAAUAAAAAUGUUGAGGUUUGUUUAAGUUAUUGUUUAAAUCAUCACAGAAUUUUAUAUUUAUUGUAAUAAUUGAAAUUUUUAUUGAAAUCCUAGUGUGGCUCUCUUUGAGUAUUGCUUGCAAGUCACAAAACUGAGACGGAGUUUGUGCCAUCAACACUCAUGCUUUUGUAAGGGGGAAAUUGGCUUUUAGGCCUGAAUAGGGUGAGAUGGAAACAGUGGUGUGAGAAACUGUUGAAAGUGAAAUAGAUAACUCUUAGUCACCUAUGGUCCUCUCUGUCAUAGUGGUAUAAAGAGAUGUGGAAGUUCUCCUUAAAUUUAUAUCAUCUAAUCAAAAUUCUUCAAUUUCAGUAUUGGGUUAAAUAAUAACAGCAUCAGCUAAUGUGAUUGGAAUAUGUAUUAUGUCAGUCUGUGUGGUCUUCUGAUGAAGUUAAGAGGAUUAGGGUACAGAUUACAGUUUUCUUUCUUCAGUGACAGGAGGAGACAAUGUGCUACCAGUCUGUCUUUUUCAUCAUGAAUUUAGGAGGACUAAGUCCAUUUAUCGCUCUUUCUUUUAUAGUCAACUUGCUUUUGAAUUACUUGCCAUCUCUUUCAUUUUAUAUAUUUAACAACUGCACUUUAAAAAUACUAAUCACCUUACAAAUCAUUGUUCUAAUGUGGUCAUGGUUUUUUUGUUAUUGUAUGCCUUAGAUGCAUCUUGAUAUGUGUUCUUUCAACUUAAACAAAAAUUAAUUAGAUAAUAGAAAUAUAUAGUCAGAAAGAACAUGCAAAGAAUUAAAAAAUCUCACAGGAUGGCCUUCUGUCAAAAAUACUAGUUGAUGAAAGUAUUCGAGUUAUACAAAAUGUUUUUCAGGCACUUAGGAAGAAUUGCUGUUCAAAGGAGCUUGUAAUCAAAACACAGACACAAAAUGUGCCUUAAAUUUUUCUUAUUUAUUUGAUAGCUUGCAUGAGCCAUGUUAAAUAUGUUAUGGAAUAGAGCAUGGAAUAACAGCCAGCUGAGCAUGAUGGGAUGAGCAAGAGAAGAGCUGUGCUGUUCCCAGCACUGACACCUCUCUGGGGUGUCAGCAAAGCCUCUCAACACAUAUAAACCCACUGUUGCCAGAUCGGGAGAAUUUAUUGCAUGGAAGUUUUGAGUUUUAAAUUCCCAGCUGCUGCAUGAUUGAUUGUGUCCUGGAUGAGGUAGAGAGGUGAGAAUUUGAUGAACAGAUACACCUUGAAAGAGACAGAUGGCCUGCCAUGGCUGUCCAUUUUCAUAUUGCAGCCAGAGUUUUAUGCUAAGGUAUAAUAAAGCAUUCCAAUUUCAAAUUUGGUGUAAGAGUGCAUUUGACCAAGUCAAGGGGAUUGAUACACUUCUUUCCCUGUAAUACUUAUCAACUUUUACAUUCCCUUGCAUUCUUUUCACUAAAUGGAGUUUGUCUUUCCACUGAGGUUAAGAUAAUUUUACAGUCCUUAUUCUGCGAUCUGUAAACUCUGCCUGUUGCUAAAUGUUAUUAACCUUCAGGAGAACAAAUUAUGUGAAAGCUGCAAUAUAUGCAGAAAGUCAUAGUAAAUGUAAUUCAUUUGGCAUCUGUUUUAUUUAAAUAGAUGAGAAGUCAAUCACUAAGUUUCUGACUAGAAUUCAAAUGUAGUAUGUGUGUUUCUGGACGGUUAAUAUAAUCCAGUUUUGUUUCUACUGUCUAUAUUUGGAGAGAAUAGUAAUCACAAUAAUUCACUUUUUAAUUUAUUUUCCAUUGUAUACAGGACUGAGUUAAUGAGCUAUUGUUAGGGGAAGUUUUGAUUUAUUUUUUUAAUAAUUUUCUUAACUGUAGAAGUGUAUGUUUUGUUUUACUGGUAUACUUCAGAAUUAUUUUUAUAUACAAAUGGAUAUUGUAGGUUUACUGUUAAUAGCAUAGAUUUAAGGGUUAGCCUUUUAUUUUUAUAGGUGUGAGUCUAGUACUUGCCAAUCAACAAUAUGUGCAUUAAAGAAAAUGCACACACAAGUGAGAGUAGUUCAUCAUUUGCCAUACAUCAUGGUCUGUGCAGUUUCAUGCCUUCUUUAAGAAAACCUUCAUUUCAGUGAAUUACUGUUUGUGGGGUUGUUGGGUUUUUUUAAUAAGCUUCAUAGUGCACACAAGCUAGAAAACUUUACAAACCUGCAAGUGUUCUUACUACAAAAUUUUGGGGUUGAGUCUUCUGUACUGUAUAUGUAUGCUGGUUCUGUGUUGUCUAUGAAAUAUGAAUAAGCAUUUGUCCACAAA